CAUAAGAAUUGGCGUUUUUUUAUACUUCUUAGUUUAUUGGAUGCGUGGUGCCACGCGAGAAACAUCGCUAAUUGAACGUAUCAUAAAUUUGCCUCUCGUCUUGCAAUACCGUUUACUAAACAUCUGCCUGAAAAUACUGGGGUCACAGAUCGAAUUACUGUUGUAGAAUUACUUAUUGCAACAGCACGUCACAAGUCGAUGCGAUGGAGAUUAAAUAUGUACUUCACAUGGUUUUUCCUACUCAUUGUGUUUUCUCUGACAGGAUAUUAACCACACAUUUUGUUCGAGCUUAUAUGAUAACGUGCGAUCGAAUUAUAACCAAUAUAAGGGGUUUCAAGUCAGCACGAAUGAAUCAGCAAGGCGUUGCUUCGUGCAUUUAAUAAAUACUUCAAUUUAAUGAAUAUUGCUGAAAAUUGCUUUAAACCUCUAAUUGGUUUGAGCCACUUUAUGGAAAUUAGACAAUCGAUUCCAACAUAGGGAAAGAACGUCGACUAAUAAUGCAUAUAACGUAAUGCUUGGACUAACACCAUUGCGGCAUGGACGAUGGGGACAUAGUACCUAUCAUAAAUAGGGCGCAAGGGGCGUGUUACGAGAAUCCGUUGUUUGACGACGAUGGGACAUUGGGAGCUGAGACGCAUACAACAAUUCACAAACACCCUGAUGGGUUCACAGGAAAGCCGUACGACUUAAAUAAUGGCGGCGCACAGACCUCCGUUCAUUACAGACAAUCACAACCGAGAAGAAAGUUGCUGUAUUGUGCUGGUUUUAUAAUUGCGUUUUUAGCAAUUGUGGCCAUUAUAGUUGCAAUCGUUAUUAGUCAAAGAAAUUCAGACAAUGGCAGUGAUUCAAACAAGGUAUCCACAGGGGCGUCAACAGAUAACGCAAUCUAA